AUGGAAAACCAUGAUGCAAUCAUUAGAUUUAAAGAGCUUUAUCCAGAAAUAGUUCAACUUCUCGAAGAAAUAAAGGCUUCUGGAAACUGCGAUGCUUCCUCUAAAGCGGACAAUCCUAUUUCUUCUAUCACUAAAAGUGAGUUUUACAUUACUUUACUUGUUUGUAGCGAUAUUUUUUCUGUGACUCUCCCACAGAGCAAAGCACUCCAACAAAUUCAUCUAGAUUUGAAUGGGGCUUUGAUACAUGUAAAAUCAAUAAACAACACAGUUCUAAACAAAAGAAAAAAUGCCGAGUUUGAAUUUCAAAAGCUAUAUUCGGAACUCCUUAAUACUUUCACAUGUUUGGAUCUAGAUGUAAAACUUCCUAGAUUGGCAUCCUAUCAAAAUCACCCUGGCAAUAUAAAAAAUCAGAACACAGCUCCAGAGCAAUACUUCCGUCAAAAUAUAUACAUUCUUUUUUUAGAUUAUUUCGCUGCCCAACUGAUUGAAAGAUUUUCGAAGCACAAAGAUACUCUUGCAUAUCUCAAUAAAGUGUUACCUAAGUAUUGUGUGAACGUUUAUAAUAAUUUAUGCAAUUUCCGAAUCUACGAAGAUUUCAUUGACAUCGAAAACCUCAUGGGAGAAAUGGAAGUAUGGGCAUCAAAGUGGAACCUGCGUGAACCCCUUAGUAGACCAGAUACGGCACUUUCAACAAUGGAAGAAUGUGACAAUAUUUUUUUCCCAAACAUUUAUUGCUUGUUAUCAAUAUUGGCUACGUUGCCAAUCACCACAGCAACUGCAGAAAGAACUUUGUCUACUCUUAAACGAGUACAAACAGCAAUAGGAAAUGCUACUAAAGAAGAAAGGCUAACAGGGCUAACUUUAUUAAGCAGAAAGGCUAACAAGGCUGACUUUAUCAAGCAUAUUUCGGGAUCUUCCGGUUUGUCCUAA